CUCGGGCAAGGACAUUCUGCAGCAGGUCGCCGGCGAUGCACUGGCAGCGCAGAACGCCAACGAUAUGGACAGCAAGGAUCUGGAGGCCAGGGUCAAGAAGGCGUCCAACAAGGCCAAGAAGCUGGAGGCACGCCGUCGCCGCAUGCCGGUGGUCUAAAAACACGCACAUUCACAGGGGCACUUUUCUUCUCUCUUCACUUUUUGCAAUUUUUCCUCUAAAUGCGACGCUUCAAUCAUUUGUUUGACGGUAAUGCACAAAUCGGGCCAUGAAAACGAACGACCGCCGCGACAACGAGGCUCGGGCAGCAAGAAACAGCUGUUUGACCCAGCUACCAGCACGAUGAAGCCGGCCAGCAACAGACGAAACAGGGCCACGCCUGCAGUGCCGACCAUCCUGGCCCGUCCAGCCGACGCGCCUGCCAAGACUACCGCCAGCAACGGUGCCUCGCGGCCAGUCCAGCUGCUAGUCCGUCAGCACAGCGCCCCAUCUAGCCAGGCAGUGCCGGCGACACCAGCACCGACCCGGCCAGCCACCAGCACCAGCGGGCAACCGCGCCCAGCUCCACCUAGGGUCCCCGCAGAGAAGCUGUUUCCAGAGCGCGCACUCGGCAAGAAGCCGCUUAUCUCGGCGUCCGGGCGGCUGGACCUGCAGACAGCGCGCAAGUAUCUGGGGUCAGUGCAGCUCAGCUCGACAGGUGGGCGUCAUUGGCAUGCAGGGCGUGGGCAAGUCCCUGGUGAUGGCGCAGGCUGGCCGGGCCGUACUCGAGCCGCAUAUUCGGGGCAGAUAGGACCCUGGGCGUGGACUUUUGGGUGGCAGGGGCCGGCGUGCUGCUGGUGGAUACGCCGCCGAUGCUGGCCUCCAGGGUGCGUUCGGCAGGCAUGCCACGCUGCACGCAAGCACGAGGAGAAGCGCGACUACGCUAACGACCUGCAGCUGGCCACGCUGAUGCUGCAGAUCUGCGAUACGCUGCUGGUAGUCACCGAUGCGCCAGCCUGCAAAUCUGCCGCUGGCGCAGCUCCUGGCCAGUGCAGCCGACAUGGUUCCCAAUAUCCCGGGCCUCCGCCCGCCCUCCAGACCAGCACAGGCAGCUGACAAGGCCACCGGCUGCGCUCUGCAUAUUGUUGUGAACUGCCAUAGCACCACU